AUGUCACAGGAAGUUCCGAAAUCACUAAGUAAUGUCAAGCAUGUGGUUCUAAUAUUAUCAGGAAAAGGUGGUGUCGGUAAAUCGUCAGUGACAACCCAGACUGCACUUACAUUAGUCAACAAAGGCUUUAACGUUGGCGUUCUUGAUAUUGAUUUAACAGGUCCUUCCCUCCCGCGAAUGUUCGGUGUUGAAAAGAAACAAGUGCAUCAGUCUACACAAGGUUGGGUUCCAGUGCAAGUAUAUUCCAAAUCAGAAACAUCUUCAGGUGGAAGUUUGAAGUUGAUGUCGUUGGGAUUCUUACUUGGUGACCGAGGUAAUUCGGUUGUUUGGAGAGGUCCAAAGAAAACGGCUAUGAUUAAACAAUUUUUGAAAGAUGUUGUGUGGAGUACUGAUGAACCACUAGAUUAUCUACUCAUUGAUACUCCACCAGGUACAUCUGAUGAACAUAUAGCAAUAGCAGAGGAGUUGCGAUAUGCACAACCAAUCGACGGAGCUAUUAUUGUAACUACGCCACAGCAAGUGGCAACAGCUGAUGUCCGCAAAGAGAUAAAUUUUUGUAAAAAAGUGAAUUUCAAUAUAUUAGGAGUGAUUGAGAAUAUGUCGGGGUUUAUUUGUCCAUAUUGUGCAGAAUGCACCAACAUUUUCUCCAGCGGCGGAGGUGAACAAUUGGCCAAGCAAUUAAAUUUGAGGUAUUUGGGUAAUAUACCGAUAGAUCCCAGUUUUGUUGAGUUGAUUGAGCUACAGGAUGAUAAAGACAAGAAAUUGAUUGAUUUGUAUCAAACGUCUGAGUUAAAACCGAUCAUGAGUGAUGUUAUAAAUAAGAUACUACAUUUGAAUUUGGAGUCGAGAAUUUAA